UCCAGGAUACUGUUAUACACUAUAAGGAUCACAAGUACUAUAUACUUCAUCUACAUUUAUACACUACAGCAAGACUUAAACCUAAAGCACUGAGAAGCAGCAAGUCAUGGGGCUGCAGCCAGGACAAGCCCUGAGGACUAUGAUCUGCAUGUAUUCGCCUGGAAGAUGAAGACAUGAUCCUAUACUGUAGAUCUGUGCAAAUCAGAAGGAAUAAAGAUGUCGGGUCAAGAUGUCCCUGGUCGGUUAUGCAGAGAGGCCUACGAAUAUCUUCUUCAAAAACAGAUCAGAGUGUCCACUGCCUUUUACAUGGCAGCUUUUAGCUGCAACGCCCCCAUUGCUCUACAAAGGGUACAGUCGCUGGACGAUGGACAGUACAAUGAAGUCAUUAACACUUUGCAGGAAUGGUGCCUGGUCGAAUGUGACAUUCCAAAAAUAAAAUGUGAUGGCAUGGCCAUUGUGUCCCUCAACCCAGGGAUCGCAGCUGUGUUCCUCUCAAUGCUCUGCCCAAAUAAUUGUGCUGCUUCCUUAUUUAAAAUGGGAACGUUCCUUAAAAGUGGACGAUAUGAGGAGGUUGUGGCCAGAUGCAACUCUUUGCUGAGUGCGUAUCCUCAAUUUUCACUAGAACUUUUGUUGACUCGAGGACUGGCAUGGAUACUGUCUCGCUCUCACUCAGCCAACGGGGUAGUCGAUUAUAUCCAAGUAUUCACGAAACAGAAGGAGGAAGCAAAGCAAUAUAUAUGUACAAAACAAAGAGAGUAUCUGCCUCAAGUCAUCAACGCCUUUCAUGACUAUGUUUCUUCUUACGAGAACAAUAACACACAAGGGAACAUGCAAGUCUUGCUUCAUGACUGCUACAGUUUUCUAGCAGCGCUAGUGCCCGAUGACCUCCAGAUAUGCAAAACACAGGCCGCUUACUUGUUUGAGGAAUGUAAGUUUGAAGAGUGCAUAGCUGUUUAUUCUCGGGCCAUUAAGGCUUUGUCUCUAGAAACCAAAAUCAAAGAAGAGAAGAUAUCUUGUCUCCUGGUGGACCGUGCUGCAGCCUACUACUCUUUAGGAUGCCGCACAAAAGAAAUGGUUCAGGACUUAGCUGAGGCCUUUACAGUCAGCCCCGGUCACGCCAGGAAGAGGUUUACGGAGAUCUUCUCUGCAGCAGACAUUGCUAGAGUAAUGGAGCGCUCCAAGUCUUGCAUAGAAAUGGAAUUCAGGGACUUUCGAGAAGUUGUGCGGGCUCGCCCUGAGCUCAGAUCUGAUACAGGUGCAGAGACUCUCUUUCCUAUCAUAAAGGCCCUGGAGUUUUUGAUUCAGUGUUCUGCUGAGAACAAUCGGGAGAUGAACGUCCGUCUGGCUGACUGCAAACUUCUUGCUGGAGAUUUUCGAGCCUGUCUAGACAUUUGCAACCAGCAAAUUAAUUCUGAUAAAAAGACCUAUCAAAACACGUUAUAUGUACUACGAGGCUUUUGCUACUUCCACAGGAAUGAACACCAAGAGGCGCUGAAGGACUUUCAGAAGAUUAUAGAAGAUGAGUCUCCGCACCCUUCCAGCUGCGUGAAAGCUCUCUGUGGGAGAGGACUAGUGCGCAUGAUAAGUGGAAGCUCAUAUCUAACUGCCCUAGACUAUGUCACAGCCUGUAAGCUAAAACUAGAUGAGACUUUCCUUACUAUUAAAUCUUAUGUGCCUUGGAACCAAAGAGGUCUUCUCUACAAAGUCUUACAGGAGGAAGGGGAAAAGAUGCUGCACAGAAAGUGCUCCGGUACAGAUGAAAAUGGGAUACUGAACAGAAGAAACAUGUCCGAGCAGGAUAGAGUCUCAUCUAAAGAAUGUGAUGUUUCAGGUGUGCACCAGCUGGGCAUCCUCCUCAUGAUGUUGGACACUACCGAUGACGUGUGCCGGAUCCUCUGCACAGACGCCCUCUACCAAAUGGAUCGCAUAGAAGAAGCUCGCAAGAUGCUGUCUCUAGCGCUCAACAGCAGUUCUCAAAGAUCCCCCGUGCUCGCCAGGCUUGCCUUGCUGCAGUUCAAAAAAGGAUUUAUUUACGAUGGAAACCAGCUCAUAAAAAAAGUAAUUCAGCUGGGUGACACCUCGUGCCUCCUACCCAUCAUGGAUAUAUUUAAGGAAGAUGACCGGAGAUUGAUGCAGAAUCACUGUCAUUCUAAGGCUCUGUCUAUUUUACAAAGCAAACAAGGGGACACGUAUCUGAAAGAAGCUGUCGCCUACUUAUCUUUUGCUAUUAUUGCCUCAGGGGGACACGCCAAGGACUCGCUGCUCACCAGAGCCAGAUGUUACGGGCAGCUGGGACAGAAGAAGACAGCAAUAUUUGAUUUCAAUAGCGUACUGAAGGAUGAACCCAGCAACGUGGAGGCGCUGUGCGGAAAAGGAUUCACACACAUGACUCUGAACCAGCAGAAGGAAGCGAUGUGUGACAUAAUGUUGGCAAUCAGAACAGACAGCAGCUACGCUGUGCAAGAGAUCCGCUCUUUGAAGCCAGAAGCUCAGUUACUGGUAACGAAUUGGCUGUAUGACUACUGCAGGACAUCGCUAACACAACUGCUCAGUGCCAAUAAGACCUUCCAGAGUGACCCCACAUUUAAGGAACUGGAGCUCUUUGCAGAAUGUCUGAUUGAAAUAGAUGACACACAAGCAAAGGUUCACAUAUUCUACACAGAUAUCCUUAUUGCAAAGGAGAAUUAUGAGGAGGCCUUCACCCACCUGAAACAGUCUUUCAACAACAGCGCUAUUAGAAGGAUUUCAGAAAGGUAUUUCAACAGAGAUGAUAGCAAUCAUAAAUUAAGAGGAAAGUCCAGUGUAAUCGGUAUCGUGGGCACCAAUACCAAGAUGUACAAGAAUCUCAUCCGGUGGUGCGAGAAACAGGAACUAGGAAGUAAAGAUACUAUGGGAAGUGGGUCAAUGGAAGGAAACUGUAGGUGGCAGAAGGUGAAAGGUUCAGCCGUGGUCUCUGAGGCAGAGGUGUCUAUUAAGGAGGAGCAGCCUUCCCCGACGCUCAACCUAGACUCCUGUUUCGCAGGAAGUGAUAUAGAUUAUGAAUGUAGACGACUUCUAAUGGAACAAUUACAAAGAGAAGCCGUUUUCUCCAAGAGCGAAUGGGACCUAGGUUCAGCUGUAGGUGUGGAACACCAUAUUAGAUUGACAGAUGAUACCCCUUUCAGGGAGAGAUUGAGGAGGCUGGUGCCCGACGACUUUGAGGAUGUUAGGAACCAUCUACAGGGUUUGCUGGAGAAUAAUACCGCAGGACAAGAGGGGAGCUCGUUUACUCAAGAAAACAAACAUGAAAAGGCUCUGGAUUAUUUUUCCCUGGCUGUUAUAGCCAGUCACAAUAACCCCAAAUACCUCCGCCAGCGUGCCAUGUGCCUCUCCUGCCUUGGAGAUUACCAAAGUGCCAUUACAGAUAUGGAUAAAGCAAUCCAAAGGCACAGCGCUAAUGACCUCAAGACACAAGUAGAAGACUUUUGCUGUAAAGGCCAGCUACUGCUGUCGGCACCAGAUGAAGAAGCCGCUUGUAGGCAAUAUAUGAAGGCUGUGAGCCUGGAUAGCACAUUGGCCUUGGCAGCCAUUAGCAAUGCCCCGGGAAAACUCAGACUCUCAGAAAUAUUCAGUCACUUCGCACAUAAAUGUUUUGAGCAGAAAUUGUUGGAAGAGUCAUGGAAACUGACUGAAUGCGGACUGCUUAUUAAUGAGAACAACCAAGAGCUGAAGAGACUAAAAUCCAAGAUAAAAAGGGAAGCCUCUGGGUGUAUUGUUCAUUAAUGUAAAGAUAAUACAGAACCAGUUACACCUCAUAUGCCUUUAUCAAGUGACGAGUAUCAUGCCAGGCUGCCACGCACCAUCAUUGCCCAGGAUAUGCCCCUAGUCAGCUCUCACGAGCAGGGCCCUCUUCCCUCAUGUGCUUAUCCUUUCUUACUUUAAUAAUCUUCAACUGCAUCAACUCCAGCAGUCUUCUGCCACCUGAUACUUAUUCCAGUGUCAUCUGCUGAUGUAACUAUGUUUAUUUACCCUGUACUUGUCCUAUACUGUCAUCAACUGUAAGUUGCUGUUUUCCUGUUUUGAUUAUUCAUGUACUCUGUAAUUGGGCGCUGCGGAACCCUUGUGGCGUCAUAUAAAUAAAGGAUAAUAAUAAUAAUAAUAAUAGUCUAAUGACCACACCCACAGUGCUCUGGCCACACUCCAAUAUAUUAGGCUAUGUUAGAAAGCAGCUCAUGACUAGCACUGGAAAGCUAGACUGCUGGGUGUGAUGCGUUGAUUCUGCAACAGUUCUUCACUUCAUUGAAAUGUUAUUACUUGUCAAAUGUCAAAUACCCACUCCAUUGUAUUUAAGGAGCUAUGGUAAUUAUUAAAUGUUGAGUGUUUUAUUUAAUUUGUUAGGAAAUGUAUCAGAUAUGUAAAACGUAUGUCAGCUACAAACACGCAGGGUGUAUUUUACCUGACUUAUAUCUAAUAUACUUUAUGAAACCCAUCAAUACCUUUUUUGGGCAAAUAAAGUACAACAUGUUUGGGA